AUGAAAGCCGGGUUGUUAAUCUAUGCUCGGAAGCUUGAUUCACAGAGUCAGCGGGUAUCGAGCGCAUCGCGAAAUGACAUUCAAGCCGGCGAAAGCAUUGAUCUCCAUGAAGUCGAGUCAUUGUUGGCGUGGCUUUCGGUUUCUUUUGGGAAACGUGACGCCCAAGUCUACCCAACUCGGAGCUUUCUCGUGUGGGCCAUUGCCUUUGUUCUAGCAGACUUGGGGUUUGAGAUUGAAGUCUCCACAACAGCUAUCACAACUACAGAGCAGUAUAGUGAUCAUGUGAAAAAGAAUGAUUCACUAUCAGCGCCGACUGUCUACUACGUUGGGGCUUCCGUAGGUCCUACGGAUCCGCAACAUGUUCCUCGGCAUGAAGUCCAGGUUGUUCCCAAAUAUCGUUAUAUCCCUAUCCACGCGAUUCCGGCAGUCGAGCUUCGCAAUCAUCUUCUUACAGAAGAGCUCCGUAAAGAGAGAGUGUCCUUAAUCUGGAAAAACACUUUUGAGCAUGUGCAGAGAUAUCUGACUGAUCUGCCGCACAUCCGGGAUAUGACGGGCCUCUCGGGCCCAUCAAUAACCAGCACAAGGACUGCUGCACAGGGCGAACGGGCCACAAAACCGAAGGUCCUCUCCCAAUACCAGCGUAGGGGGAUACUGGAGCGAUCUCGCUUUUGGACUCGCCCUUCGCCAGAGUCUUUGGAAGCUCUUCUUUCACCACUCAUCUCCAAAUUCCUCCCAGGAGACUGCCCUGACUGCACAUCUCUAUGGGAUUCCGAUCAUUCGGUGGACAGCUGUUGGAGUGAUGAAUCUUUGGAGCUGGAAGGCGUCUCCUCGACCCACAAUCAGCAUCCGCGGCUCUUCCUCAACGCUAUACUGCUUGCCACACGGUAUGCCAUUGCUUGUCUGUUCCUCCGAGACGGAGAUUCUUCGGCGGCCACAGACACCGAAGUCGUAUUUAGACCUUCCAGGGUUGAGUCCGUUGGAACUUGCUUCGAAUUUAGAGAUUGGUGUGAAAAUAUGAUGAGCAUUGGAGCAAUUGCAUUGGCUCAGAAACACUCAACAAAAGUUGAUGCUGGGCUCGUUCGUUUCAAGAAGAGUCUCUUCGAAGCUAUUUCCGGGUUUGAAGGUGGCCAAUUUGCGAGCCCUGGAACAUUCGGAUGCUUUGCAAAUGGCGUCUCUAUGUUCGGUCAAGCCCUGGACCUUCCCUUGGACGACAACGGCUUGAUCGAGUCCGUCGAACACCAGACAUCAUUUAAACCGUACGAGUUUUCUCCUGCGGCCAAUCUUCCUCAAGGUCCAGACUCUCCGGACCAUGAGCCGUUAACUACGCAGAAGACUAGGCCGUCUUGCUGGCAUUCCUCAAUGUUCCUUCGGCCCCCGGUGGUUGCAGCCAAAGCUCGCAGGCAUUCACCAUAUUCCAUGUCGCACUGUUCCUACUUGUCGCCAAGAUUCCCCCACAACAGUACAGUCAACAUACGUCAAUCCGGGGCUCGACCAGGACGAGAUCUGGAACCAGUUCCCUACACGCACGCUCGUCACUUGGGACACUGCCAUGUCCGGUUGACAGCAAAUGAAGCCUUAGCACCACACAAACGUCACUACAUAUUCGUCAAAGUUACAGACGACGAGUUCGAACAGGCACUGGCCCUGACUAUGUUAUUCGACCCGUCGUAUUUGUCACAGAGGCCCGUCAUCGAAAGUGCAGUUGCUCUCUGCCACGUUGGUCCGCCUCGUUCAACGACUCAGACUACUCGAAGGAUAACAUUGCGUGCCACCUCCUCAACCAACAGCAGACGGCCUGUUGUACCUACAUCAUCAAUCUUCACUCCUGGCGCGAAGGAUUCUGGAAAGACCAGCGCUACUGCUGCCAUGCGGCGUAGCAGCGGUUCCACCACCUACGCUUUGGGACAUAUCACAGCAUGGCUCGAAACCUUGACGCCUUCGCUCGCGGAAGAAGGAGGGUUGGCGAGCACAACGUCGCAAAUUGAUUCGCUUGGCUGA